AGAGAGAGAGAGAGAGGAAGGUACAGAGGAGAGAUUGUGCCGGGGUGCAGAGACAGGGAUGCAGUUGCUAGGGAACAGUGAGGAGACCUCCAUCUUUUGCAGCUUGUUCCAGAUACAGCAAGGUUGGGAAAGCUUUGCCUUUCGUAAAGGAGGGAAAUAAAUGCACCAUAUAAAAGAGAGAAGGACAGAACGCCUGGUGAUGUGACGUGAUCUGGAGCUGCAUGAAUUAUCAAACACAUCUUAUAGCUGCUCGAAAGGAGUCUGUGUGUUGUUGUGUCUGGAUGAAGAUGGCCAUGCACAGAUCCUGAGACGCCCCUCUUUGUCUGAGGAUCCACAGACGGGACGGGCUUCACCCGACAGACAGACAGAGAGUCAGAUCUGAUGGAUUCAGUGGAGAGCUGAGAAAUCAACAGGCCUGAAGGUGAAACACACACAGAGAGAGAAACCAACGCCUGCCGAGAGAAGCUCCUUCUGUUGCACUUGUAAAUGUGCUGAUCUUGUGUGAUCGGGAGCAGAGGAUGGGAACCACUGAAGCCACUUUACGCAUGGAGAACAUGGAGGUGAAAGAUGAGUGGCAAGAUGACGAUUUCCCGCGGCCUCUUCCUGAAGACGGUGAUUUAGACGGACUCACUGACAACACUGCUCUGACGGCGGAUCACACGGAUUCGGUUCGACAGAAGCGCCGCACGCUGAUCGCUCCGGACAUCAACCUGUCGCUGGAUAAAAGCGAGGGUUCGCUGCUUUCUGACGACGUCCUGGAAACCCCAGACGACCUGGACAUAAACGUGGACGACAUCGAUACGCCUGACGACGACUCGCUCGGCUCCCUCAACAACACCAACGAGCUGGAAUGGGAAGACGACACUCCGGUGGCCAGUGCGAAGGGUCCGGGGGGCGAGGAGGGCGACGGCGCGGGCCGUCUGUGGAGGACGGUGAUCAUCGGAGAUCAGGAGCACAGGAUAGACAUGCAGGUCAUCAGGCCGUACCUGCGCGUCGUCACGCAUGGAGGUUAUUACGGGGAAGGACUGAACGCCAUCAUCGUGUUUGCUGCCUGCUAUCUGCCCGACAGCGGCUGCGCAGACUACAGUUACAUCAUGGAGAACCUCUUCCUGUAUGUGAUCAGUAGUUUAGAGCUGCUGGUAGCUGAAGACUACAUGAUCAUCUAUCUGAACGGAGCCACGCCGCGCAGAAGGAUGCCGGGCAUCAGCUGGCUCAAGAGAUGCUACCAGAUGAUCGAAAGACGGUUAAGAAAGAAUCUCAAAUGUCUGAUCAUCGCGCAUCCCUCCUGGUUCAUCCGGACAGUUCUGGCCAUCUCACGGCCCUUCAUCAGUGUGAAAUUCAUGGAAAAGAUCCGGUACGUCCAGAGUCUGGAGGAACUGGCUCAGAUAGUCCCCAUGGAGCAUGUGCAGAUUCCCGAGUGUGUGCUGCAAUGUGACGAGGAGCGAAUCAAAGCGCAGAGAGAAAGGCUUGAACAUCUGGCCAAGACAUCAGAGAGGCCGUCGUCCGUGGCAGCGGAGGCCUGUCCCUGACGCGUCUCAUUGGAUACACCUCAAGGCAGGGAUUCAUCUGUGCAUGUCAUUUUCCAAAGAUGUUCUUUUGAAGAACAAUCAUGUGGACGAACACAAUCAUCAUCAUCUCAAAACACAACAAUAAUGAUGUUUGUGGUGCAUACACACUGACCUUUGCCCUGGAUCACAACCGGACCGCAGCUGAAUAAGUGUGAACGAGACAGAAAACAAACGCUCACAGACUCUUCUCUAACAGAAGAGGAACAUCUGUGCAAAUUACACAUCUUGUGUAACAGUCAUUGUGUUGUACAGAUGUAAAACAAGGGAUGUGUAAUAACAGCGGGAUUUUAACUUGACUUGGCAGUUUAUCCAUGUUCACCUGCCAACAGCUUCAUAAUGAGAAACACAUUCAGUCUGUUACAUAACGCAGCAGUCUACAGGCUUAAAGUCAACAUGAAAUCAUGUUUGCCUUCAUAAUCUUUCAUUGGACUAUUUGCCAUGAAAACAAACAAGCGCCAAAUAAUUAUUUAGUCAUAGUUUUGGGCUGUUGCUGUAGAUCUUUUAAUCUUUUCUAAAAUCUUAGAAGUGGUUAAAGAUAUUUGAAAACUCACCUUCAUCCAAGAUGUAGAUGAGUUUGUCUCUUCAUCAGAUUUGGAGAAAUGUAGCAUUGCAUCACUUGCUCAGCAAUGGAUCCU